AUGGCGGGCUACAGGGCGGCCGGCGUCGUCCUCCUGGCCGCGGCGGCGCUCCUCGCCUUGGCGGCGGCGGACGACGAGCACUUGCACCACUGGAGGUGCUUCAGGUCGUGCGCGAGGGACUGCCACGGCGAGGACGCCCUCGACGACGGCGCCGCCGGCGGCGGCCUCAACAACGUCUCCGCCGGCGGCGGCGUCUCCCACAAGUGCAAGACCGGGUGCCUGCACGAGUGCUUCGAGGACCUGCCGGCGCUCUGCUACCAGCAGUGCGUGGUCAGCACCUGCCUCUGCCUCCCGCCCUAUAGCAAGGAGAAGCUGGCGUGCAUGAAGAGCUGCUGCGACAAGUGCUUCCACCACGGCCCGCCUGCGCCCAGCCCUGGCCCGAAGCCUCCUGGCCCGAAGCCCAAGCCUCCCAGCCCGAAGCCGCCUACCCCGAAGCCGCCCAGCCCGAAGCCGCCUGCCCCGAAGCCGCCCAGCCCGCCAAAGCCAAAGCCACCGACGCCGAAGCCGAAGCCCCCAUCGCCCAAGGCGCCACCGCCGCCGAAGAAGCCGUGUCCCCCCGGCCGUGAGACCGUGAACGCCAACAGCUGA